AUGGAUGGUGCUUGUCAGGCAACCACAUAUCACCUCUGGAACAUCCAAUGUACUGCCCUUGUGCCACAGAGCACCUUUUUCCAGGUAGCACUGAGGGGUUUCCAGACUAGCGCUGUGAGCAGAGACAUUGACACAGCAGCCAAGAUCAUUGGCGCUGGAGCUGCCACAGUUGGAGUGGCAGGUUCUGGUGCUGGAAUCGGGACUGUGUUCGGCAGCCUUAUCAUCGGAUAUGCCAGGAACCCCUCCCUAAAACAGCAGCUUUUCUCUUACGCUAUCCUGGGAUUUGCCCUAUCUGAAGCCAUGGGUGUGUUCUGCUUGAUGGUUGCUUUCCUGAUCCUGUUUGCAAUGUAA